GUUCAAUCUCUUGCACCACCCAUUUUCUCCUGAAUCUACACAGACCAAAGUCAUGACCGUUCAUUACACGCUCACCUUCCUGCUCCUAGCAGCAGAGAUGGUCACAUUCUGCUUCCUAGUGGCACCUCUACCGUAUACAGUUAGAAAGAAGCUGUUCAAAUUCCUGUCCGAGUCCCCAAUAAUCGCCAAAAUCGCAUAUGCCCUCAAGAUUUCCUUCAUUUUCGUCGGAAUUCUCUUCGUCGACGCCCUCCAACGAAUGUUCCGCGUAACGGCUGACGCCGAAUCGAUGAAGGCUGGGCCACAGGGGGCUGUACAGGAUGUUCGAACAGAUAUCGCAGCGCGAAAGUUCUAUUCUCAAAGAAACACAUACCUCACCGGAUUUACCCUCUUCCUCUCCCUCGUCCUCACCCGAACAUUCUACAUCAUGCUCGACCUCAUCCAUACCCAAGAAGAGUUCGCCAAAUUGAAGAAAUCCACUCAGGCCGGCGACGCAGAUGAACUCGCCAAGCUCAGACAACGCGUGAAGGAACUCGAAGCCGAAGAACGUGAUUUCUCCACCCUCAAGCGCCAGGCUUCCCAGAACGCCAAAGAGUACGACCGACUCGCUGACGAACUCAUCAAAGCUACCGGCUCUAAGUCUGAUAAACGCAAGGACUAAUUAACCAGGCAUUGGCGUCUAUAUGGACUUGGGAAUCCUUUCUUGUUUUUUGUUAGCAUCGAUUCAUGUUGUUUACCCUCGCACAAUGGACUUUUUUCGAAUAUCUC